AUGGAAUAGUAGGAUAUAAAAAUGUGUUAAAAACAUAAAUUAGAAAUAAUUUUAGUUGAUUUAGAAAGAUAGAUUGCUUAAGAAGAUAGAUGUUUAUGUGUAAGAUGUAUAAUAGAAAAAAUGAAUAAAAAGAAAAUGAAUUAAAUUGAUGAAACAAAGAAUAUGAUUAAAGAAAUGAAAAUAAAUGAAUAAAAUCAAAUAAUUAAAGAUAAUAAAAAGAGAUUAGAUAAUUUUAAUGAAAUUGAAUAAAUAUUAAGAGAACUUAAAUAAAAUAUAGAUAAUAUAUUUGAUAAAAUAUUUAAUAAUAUAAAAUGUUAAUUGAAUUAGAUAUAAAAAGAUAUAGGAAAUAUAGAAUAAUAAUAAAUUAUAUAUAAUUUUGAAAAUGAUAUUGAAAGAUUAUCUUAAUAUUAAGAAUAAUAAAUUAAUGAAUAAUAAAUUAAAUUAAUUGAAAAUGAUCAUAAAUUUAUUGAAUAAAUUCAAAAAUAAUUAUAAUCUAUUAUAAAUUCUGAAUAAUAUAAUAAAUUAAUGAAUAAUUAAAAUAUUAUAUUGAAUUCAUAAUUAGAAUAAGAUUUAAUAAAUAAUGAAUAAAAUUAUGAAAUAAUUAAAAUAUAAGAUUAUGUAUGUAUAUUAUAAUAUAUUAAUAGAAAACACCUGCAUUAAAAUUUAUUUGUUAAGAACACACAAAAGAAAUAAUAAUGUUUAAUUUAANAUCAUUGAGUCUCAAAUAUCAUUCCUCGAAUGAUUUAAUCACAUAACUAUUGACUUGGUUGAAAUUGAAAUAAUAAUAAUUUUAAUAACAAUUUUGUAAUUUGAAGUUCAUCGAAUUAUAAAAUCUUUCUUUAAACCUACUUAAUAUUUCAGUAGUUAUAGGAUAUUCGAAUUUUCUUAGGGAUAUAUAUACUAGUGAAAUUAUGUACUAAAGGCGAUUGUUAUGUUACAUGACUAUUUCUUUAGCCAGACCAUAAACUAAAAUGAGAGUUGAUCCUAUUCAUUUUUUAUAUUCAAAAUAUCAAUAAUUGAUUUUUAACUGCUUUAUUAAUAAAUUUAAUUCAUUUAUUUGA